AUGGAAGAUAGGGAAGAGGACUGGGGAUACUUCUACAAAACUUCACUUCAUGUGCUGCGCAAUUACAGAAGACAUCUAGAACUACUACCCGGACCACACUUUCUUGACACCCAGGUUACAGGUGUUUUUCAGUUAUCAUCACAACAGCAACCAACAACGGAACCAUCCUUUUUGGUCAAGAACGAACCAGCUCCUUUGGCAGCCGAGAUCUCUUCAAGUUUCCAUGGAUUGGAGCAAGCACUGAUUGAAAUGAUGAAGUAUGUACAUGGAUCUCCAGCUGCGAACGGAUUCCUCGAGACAAUUAUGGCUCAAAUGAAUGGAAUUCAUAAGGGUGUCAUGAAUGAGGUCCCGGGGACUACAAUGACACAAUACCUGACAACCUUAGGUACAGCAAGUGAAAAUAAAGAAAAAGGAUACGCAGGUAAUCAUUCACUGGUAUGGUUUGUAAAUGAAACGAAGCCACAAAAUGCAGGUAUGACUCAAGUGGAGAAGGACAAACAACUCAAAGCACUUUUCACAGUUCCAAAAAAGCGAAAAACACGAUCCUAUAUGAAGUUAGACGAAUGGCCAAGUGAAGAAUUCGUUAGUAUGGGUGGAAGGACAGCGAGCAAUUCGAGUUUGAUUCUCAGUGCCCACUCGACAACCGAGCCGUUAUCGCCUCCUCACGAGUCUGACCUCAGCAGAACGGCCACAGAGUCGUGUGCGAGUUGUCGCGAGGCCGAGGCAAAGACGAGUAGCCAAGUUUCUUCAUCCAAAAAGACCGCUACUGAUCGUCCCCCUACCGCUAUAAAUUCACAGAUGCCCACUGACUCAGAUAAAUCGCCUGGUAUAACAUUUGAAACGGCGAAGAUCAUUGCAAAUCCUCGACAGAAAAUUGGAACUGCGCCAUCGUCGAUCCCAUCCACAAGCAGUCAGGUUUCCCAACCAACAUCGAGCAGUUACGCUCCUCCACAGAAGACCCCGGAUCCCGUGAAAUUGUCAGCGGCGAAGGCUGCAUUGAAGCAGGCCUCCAAUAAACUGCCAGAGAUUAUUUUCGAUUUUAUGCCGAUUCAUAUGUAUUGGAUCACCCCCUACAACACGAAGGUUUCGAAAUCUUGUGCAGCCGAAUUUGCACUUGGAGGGAACAACGUGUCGCAAAUAUGUUUGGAAAGAAUAUGCACUUUGCCUCGAGGAUGUCAUCUUCCUUUGGUGAAAAAGCACAAUGUCGGAAUUUUCGUGUUACCGGGUCCUGUACAAGGGCAAUUAGGAGGAGAAUCGUGA